UCCGUAAAGGCGGCGCGGCGGGGCGGGCGGCGCGCGAUGUGUGCGGGGCUGCGGGCGCGGGGCGCGGGGCGAGGGGGCCGCGGGGCGGCGGGGACGGCGCUGCUGCUGCUGCUGGUGGCGCUGGGGCUGCCCGCGGCCCGGCCCCGCGCGCUCUACUCGGCCUCCGACCCGCUGGAGCUGCUGGGCGGCGACGGCGCCGAGCAGCGGCUGCUGCGCUCCCCCAGCGCCUGGGCCGUCGAGUUCUUCGCCUCCUGGUGCGGGCACUGCGUGCACUUCGCGCCCACCUGGCGGGCCCUGGCCCACGACCUCCUCGAGUGGAGGCCUGCGGUGGUGCUCGCAGCCAUUGACUGUGCCGAUGAGGCCAAUCAGCAAGUGUGCGACGAUUUUGGGAUAACUGGUUUCCCCACGCUGAAGUUUUUCAGAGCUUUUAGUGAGAAGGCAGAGGAUGGGAUAAGGAUUACCAAUCCCAGUGCCACCGUUGAGGACCUGCGCCAUGCCAUCAUCACCAACCUUGAGCAGAGCCAGGAUGACUGGCCACCCGCUUGUCCUCCGCUGGAGCCAGCGAGCGCGGAGGAGGUUUACAGCUUCUUCCAGAGGAACAAGGAACAGUACCUGGCGCUGAUCUUUGAGAAGAAUGACUCUUUUGUGGGCAGAGAGGUGGCACUGGACAUGCUGCAGUAUGAGAAUGUGGCGGUGAGGAGGGUGCUGAGCAGUGAGGAGGAGCUCGUGAAGAAGUUUGGCGUCACGACUUUCCCCUCUGGCUACCUGGUUUUCCGCAAUGGCUCCUUCUCCCGCCUGCCUGUGCACAUGGAGGCACGCUCCUUCUAUACCUACUACUUGCGCACACUCUCAGGCGUCACCCGCGGCUCCUACAAGCUGAACACAACUGUCAGCACUUCCAAUGAGACUAACCUAUCCCAGCCAACACAUGCCGACAGCUCCAAGGUGUACAUGGCUGACCUGGAGUCCACGCUGCACUACUCGCUUCGGGUGGAGGCUGCCCGCCCUUCUGUGCUGUCAGGAGCACAGCUGGCCGCCUUCAAGUGCUACGUGGCCAUGCUGGUGAAGUACUUCCCCGGGCGUCCCUGCGUGCAGACCUACCUGCAGACCCUGGAUGACUGGCUGAAGAACUGGACGGAGCCUGAGCUGCCCCGCAGCGUCUUGAAGGAGGCCAUGAAGAAUAGCAGAGAUGCUUCCCACACUGCCAUGCUCCCCACCAACGUGACUUGGGUGGGCUGCCUGGGCACCGAGCCCCACUUCCGUGGCUACCCCUGUGGGCUCUGGACCAUCUUCCAUCUGCUCACUGUCCAGGCUGCCCAAAGCGGCCCUGACAAAGAGCUGCCGCUGGAGGUGCUGAGCACCAUGCGCUGCUACAUCCGGCACUUCUUCGGCUGCCGGGACUGUGCCCAGCACUUCGAGGCCAUGGCAGCUGAGUCCAUGGACCGGGUGGCGAGCCGGAAGGAGGCUGUCCUCUGGCUCUGGUCCCACCACAAUGAGGUCAACGCUCGCCUGGCUGGAGGUGACACAGAGGACCCAAAGUUCCCCAAGCUUCAGUGGCCUCCACCAGACCUGUGUCCCGAGUGCCACAGGGAGGAGCGGGGGGUUCACGCCUGGGACGAGCAAGCCGUGAUCACCUUCCUCAAGGCACGCUUCUCCGGGAUCAACAUCUCGAUGGACUAUACCGAAGCUGACCCCAUCCCCAUGGCCAGGGAGGGGUUGGAUGCCAGGCUGGGCACUGAGGGCCCGCGAGAGGAGAGGGAGAACGAAAAGGAGACGGAGGGUGAGAUGAGGCCUCUGGGGCGGCCGGGCUCCCCUGAGCCGCGACGCCCCAGCAUCGUGCGGCUGAACCCCAAGCUGCGGGAGGUGGGUGAGGACAUCGUGGACCUGGACUCCUUCAGCGAGCAGCACUUCAAGAGCCAGGCGCUGCGAGCAGCAGCCGGCCGGCGCCGGCGGCUCAGCAAGCGAGACACCAUCGCCUUGCCCCAAGAUGCUGGCAUGGGCCGGGAGCGCCGGCAGGCUCCUGGUGUCCUGGUGCGGGAGGAGGCUGAGGAGGGUGUGCAGAGGAGCCCUUGGCUGCGGGUGCUUGGUUUGGGCUUCUCCCGCUUGGACGUCAGUCUCUGCGUUGCCCUUUACUUCCUCUCCUCCAUGUGUCUCCUGGGCAUGUACACCUUCUUCCGCCUCCGCACCCGUGCCCGGAAAGGCCGUUCCACCUUCCCCAUGGCCUGAGAGUGGUUGUAGGGAGCCCGGGGUGGGAGGGCUGCCCAGCUGAGCACCCCUGGCACCGUGUUUUGUCACCUUGUGAGAAGGGGGUUGGUGUGUCCCCCUGCCCAGGAGCUGCCCUGUUCAGAGCAGCUGCCUCCCCCAGGGUGGGCAGCAGAGGGUGGAAGGGUCUUUUGAGGGGGAAGUAGGUGUCGCAGCAUCCCCCUCUCUGGUCACAGUGCCAUGUUUUUGGGUGCUGGGAUGCCAACAGUGGUUCCAGUCUUGGCACCCAGCUGCCCUUGGGAGCUCCCUGGUGCUGGACUGGUUUCAAACUGGGAAGCCUAGUCCUGUGCCCUUUGGGGUCAAACCACUACUGGGGCAAGGAAGGUGGGGAUUCAGCCCCAGAAGGUGGGCUCUGGUGGGCAGGGUGUGGCAGUUGUGAGGUCAGCUGCAUGUUGUGUGUCCCCCCUUUUCUGCAAUGUGGACCAGGCCCCGCCCCAGCCUUUCCUUGCCCCCUCUCUGUGCUGUUGCUCGCUCUCUGCUUGUCUUAGUGGAAUAAAUUAUUUUUGCUGAUGCUGGUCCCCCUGUGUCGGCUGUCCCUGCUGCAUGGGCACGCUGGGGCAGCACCUCCCUACCUACCAUCCCUGCUCCAGCCUCCUCGUCACCCCAGGGAGGAGCACUGACUUGGUUUAAAUCCUUUUAAAUAUUUUGAAUCGUCGUUGUGCAUUUUCUCCUGCUUUUUACUUCUGGAUGCACCCGUGGGCAACUGCUCC